UGAGCUGUUUGUAAUAAGCUAAGCCCCUGAGCCGUUUUACCCCUGACACUGACACCCAGGUCCUCUCACACCUCGGGUUCCCCACAACCAGUGGUGCAAAUGCUUAUAGAGAUACUGCAUCUUAUUUCACUCCAUCCAUCUCCAAGACUCACUUUGAGAGCUGCAACACCAACACCAAAGCCACAAAGUUUUUGGACUGUAAUCAUAACUGACCUUUCCAGAUAGCAAAUAACGUGGCCCCCAAACUCCUGAACCCUGGAUCAUGUCUUUCUUAAUGCAGCAGAUGCUGGGGGAUAAGUUAAAGAACAUGAUGGGAGGAGGAGGAGGAGGUGAAGACUCAGGGACCACAGCAGGAGACGGGAAAGAGACCGCCGCGUCUAAGGGAAUGACCCGAGAGGAGUUCGAGGAAUACCAGAAACAACUGGUGGAGGAGAAGAUGGAGCGGGAUAAGGAGUUUGCUACAAGGAAAGCAGAAAGGGCCAAUUUGAGAGUACUGCUAAGAGACAAAUACAGGCUUCCACAGAGUGCACAAGACGACGCCACAGUCCAGAUAGCAGGCGACGACUUGGAUGUGCCCGAAGAACUGGCCAAGAUGGUGGAGGAGGAUGAAGAGCAAGAGGAAAGCAAUGAUUCCUUCAUGGGCAGACUGCAAAGUAUGGAAAUAGACUUUGAUACCAUCAAAGCCAAAGCUCAGGGCACGAUAACAGAAGUCAAGCAAGCAGCAGAAGAAAAGUGUGUCCUGAUGUGAAAUCACACUCACUGUGAGCUUUUUAAGUGGCAAGUCAUGAAAACUGAGUAGCAAUUUAAAUGCACAUAUUUUAUUGAUUUUAUUAUCUAUUCAGUAAGUUUAUUAUGUCUGAAUGAAGCUGUGGGGAAAAAAAAGUCUUUCAAUCACAUACUGUAUGAUCACCCAUUGCCUUAAAUGGCAUUGUUUGGGACUUCAUGAAUUAGUAUAAUAAAUCAAUACAAUAAUUCCACUAUAAUUUUAGGAUAUUUUAUGUCAUUUUCUUCAUUUUUACAAUUAUUGUUACAAAUAUUGUGUAGGUUUUGUUCAGCUUGCAAACUAGCUAUCAUCUUAAACCACCAUAUUAAGCUAUAUUUUCUCCAGUUAGCAAAUCUCCAGCUAAGUUAUUAUAGCAUAUAAUACUAAAUACACCUUAGUACUAUCAGAUAAUACUAUAAAACUAUAUCUUAAAUAAAGUUGAAGGAAGGAUACUUUUGUAUUUGACUGAUAAAUCAAGCUAGCAAGCUAACACCUGUUCCAAGCUAUCAUCAUACUGUAUAUUCACAAAAAAUUUUGCAUAGAUUCUUACAUUUUCUCUAAACAGUGGAUGAAUAUCGUGUCAGUGUCGUGUCACUUUAUUAGUUAGCCUUGUGAUAUUUCAUCACUGUGACCAAAUACAUGACAUUGUGUUCAGUUAUAUCUUUCUUAAUUAACAUUAUUAAAAUGUGACAUGCUCAUUAAAAUGCCAUUUAUAAUAUAAAAUUAAAAAUCUAAUAGGUGCCCAGUUUGUUUGUUGACGUGUAUCAUUUCAUAUUUUUGUAAUGCUUUGUAAAGUAUUGCUUUAUAUAUUCACACUCUGCUUUACAGCAUAUAUAUCCAUCCCCUGUGAAUCUGUGCGAAAGAAAACAAAUAAAAUAUUUGCUUAUUUAAAAUAUAUGGAAAACGUUGUAUAAUUAUAUCAGGAGGUGUCUAGUUUGUAUGACAUACUUUAUAUAUUUUAUUCCUCUUAUACCACCAUUUGCCAAUGAUUACAAUUUAGUAUUCAUUAAAGAACCAUGUGUACUUUUUAUCCAUUUAUAUCUACAUUUAAAUUUGUGGAACG